UCAUCGGCAACACAAACACCUAGCUACCUCUCGAGUUACCUAUAAAUUAAAAUGUCAACAUUGAACCAUCUCUUUGAUCUUCCGGAUCAGAUUUGCUACGUACAAUGUGGUUUUUGCACCACUAUUUUACUCGUAAGUGUUCCAUGCAGCAGCUUAUCCACGGUGGUGACUGUGAUAUGUGGACACUGCACCAGCCUCUUCUCUGUCAACAUGAAGAAAUUCUCUUUUCUCCCUUUCAAUCUUUCAACUUCUCUCAGCAAUGAGGAUGAGCAAAAAGAACAGCUUCGUCCAGAAGUCAAUGCCCAAAAAGGCUUAGAAAUGCAAAAUUCGUUCAUGGCGAUCUCUUUUAACAAUGAUGAAGAUGACAGAAAUAUUAAUCAAGUGAAUCGUGUCAUUAAUAAACCCCCAGAGAAAAGACAAAGAGGACCAUCGGCUUAUAACCGCUUCAUCAGAGAAGAGAUCAGAAGGAUCAAAACUGAAAAUCCAAGAAUAGCUCACAAAGAAGCCUUCAGCACAGCUGCAAAAAAUUGGGCCCAUUCACCCCUUGUUCACUGCGAAUAUACUGUUGGAGAGAGCAGUGGCUUGGAAGAGGAGAACGGCUCAUGGUCCUGUGAUGCAGCUGAUCAGGUCAACGUAGAAAGCAAAGGUUUACAUGGAGGAAAGGUUCCAAGGCAUUCCAUGUUGGCAAAGACUCCCUUUGAGUGAUCAAGACUUCUAUAAACUAGCAAAAGAAGAAAAUUGUUUCUGUUUUAGGGUUUGGGUUGGGUUCAAAUCUUAUGUCCAUUUAGGGUAGAUGCUCUCGGGAAUGAGAUUCACUGCAAAUUGUGAAAGACUGACUAACUACAAGAAACUUAAGGUUUUCAAGGUGUUUAACGAUGGAUGCAUGUCCUGUCGCAAAGACAAAAACUCUGUUGAAUUUCGACGUAGCUCGCUCUCUAUAUAAUAUAUACAACUCCUACAUGCUCAUCAGUCAUCACCUAGCUACCUCUUGUCACGUUGGGACUGGUGAAAAGCUUUUUCCAAAGUUAUAAUACCCCCUUGGUAUCGAAUUCAAAACUUAUAACCCUUUUAGCACAUCACAAGAUUACAUCUUGGGAAAGUGGGUAAAAGAUGUGGCAUGAUAAGUCAUGUUUAAAAUUUUAAUAUUAAAUAAGAUUUAAGAUUAUAGAAUUAUAAUUAUGUAGUCAAACUUCACUAAUUGUCAAUAUCAAUUAGCGAUUAAUAAAUAACAUACAUGAGAAUAUCAUUAAGACAUCUUUCGUAUAGAGAAAUCAUUUAAGUUUAAGAUAAAGAAACAUGUAUAU